AUGUCGCGGCAGCAGCCAUCGGCGGAGGCGGCUUUCACGCCCCGCGAUCUUGAUGCUGCUGAUGGCAGCGAGUACGGACAGUACACCGAAGCCGAUUUGGAUCCCAAGCAGCUCCAAGAAGCUGUAGGACAGAAAAAAAACAUUUUGCGCCGCUUGCUGACCAAGUUUAAACGCAAGCUCACAACUACCAGUGGUAGCAGCAGCGGUGGCGGCGCCGUCGCCGUCGUCAGUGGCGUCGCCGUCGUCAGACACCCGCCGUCCCCUCGCUCGCCGACCAAACGCUCCCCAUCUGCCGUACGGGUCGCGGCGGCGGCCCGGGCUGCCGGCGCCACAUUGCCGCCCUGGAAGCAACCCAACUCAGGAAGUAACGCCCACAAUACGGCGGGAAGCGUUGCCAGUAGCAGCGCCGCCGCCGCGACGGCGGGUCAUGCAGCUGUUCCAAGUACUUCGGUGUCUGGAAGCGACGUUGCGUCAUUGCAGUUGACGCCGACAGGCGGCGGCGGCGGUGGCAGCGGUUCGAGCCGCUCUCCGGCGGUUCGUGGCGGCAGUGGCGGCGGCGGCAGCCUUGGCUACGCGCCGCCGACCAGCCCUGGAGCGAUUGCCGCUAGACCGCGGCCGCACUUUGGAACGGCACAGGGCUGCGGUAGCGGUGGGGGCGGCAGCGCGCGCUACAGCCCCGGCCAAUCGCCGUACGGCAUGCCUCUGGGUAGUGACGCUGAGUCAGCUGGGCGGCGGCAUCCUUCGCUUGGUGCCGGCGGCGACGAUGGCAACACUGCCGCUGCCGCCGCUGCUGCAGCGGCGGCAGCAUUCCGAGACGAGGACGCCAGGGACUUCACCACGCCAACACGUACGGCCCCGCAGCCGCUUCCUCCGGCAUACUGUGAUUCGUACGGCGUCGGCCCGCCUGACCGCGGUGGAGGAGGCGACGGGACCGGCAUCGUCACCGAUAUCGCGUUUUCUGAGGUGCUUGUUUCGGAGGUACCACCACCUCCGCCACCGCCAAGGCAUCUGCCGUACGGUGGCGGCGGUGCAGAUGCGCCAACGACGGCAGGUCCCCGUACCAAGUACGCUCAGGAUCGGCACGCACCUGACGGCGGCGGCAACAACUUUGGUGGCGCUAUGCCGUACACCGAUGCUGAUGGCUCCAGGGUGUACCAUUCACGGCGGCGCAGUACUCAGCAGCAGCAGCAGGCCAUACUGGCUGCGUCAGCGGACGACGCUGCUGACGGUGGUGCCGGCGGCGGCGGUGGUAGCGCCGGCGCGGCGCUCGCCGCGGCCGCUGCUGGCGGCGCAUUGAGCGCGGAAGCGAUCGCCAGUGAGUUAACUUCCCUCGUUGCCUCGCUUGAGGAGGAGCUGGCGGCUGUGGCGGCGGUCAAGAGCAAGCACUCCUUAAGGAUAAAGCUGGUGGGCUCGCUACUGGAAAUGAUGCCUCCCGGCGGCGGCGGCGGCGGCGAUCUGUCAGCGGCGUUGCCGCCGGGGAGCGCUGCCGCUGGUGGCGGCGGCGGCGGGAGCUCUCUGGGCGGGCGGCUGGCGGCGGAGCGGGACCGGUUGGUUUCGGAGGUUGGCGAGCUGACGGCGCGUGAGGAGCUGCUGACGUUCGCUCGGCGGGAGUGGGGCAAGGUGAUGAACGUCAUGUCAGGUGUGCGCGUAUCUCGGCGACAGGCAGGGCCGUUGCAGGCCAUACUCUUCUCAGACACACUCGCACGCAUAAGAGCGUUCCAGAAGGCGCAAGCCAGGCGACUUGGUAUCAGCGGCGGCAGGCGAGGCGGCGGCCGCGGCCACCGCGGCAGUGCCAAGGGCGCACCCGCUUCCAGGGCUCUCCAGGCGGUGGCGGCGGCUUCCGGGAGCCACGUGCAGCCGGGCUAUCCUCCAGGUGGCUCCAGCCAUGGAGCCUGCUGGCAGUCGCAGUCUCAGUCGCAAUCAUUUGCGCAGCAACAGCAGCAGCAACAGCCGGGUAGCCAGGGCGCCGCGACGGCAGGCGGUGGAGGCGGCGGCAGCGGCAGUAGCAGGCGCCGGGGCCCGGAGGGAGGCAUGUACGGCGAGCCGUACUGGGCUGCAGAGGCCGGCGGCGGGGCAGGCGGCGAGGCGCGCGGAGGAGCAGGGCCGACGUCGCAGUUGAUGCGACUCGGAAGUAGCGCCUUGGCGGCGCUCAACAGCAACUCCAACAACGCCCAGAUGGGCCGCUCACAGCGCCAUCAUCAACAGCAGUCCAGUCGAUCUUACGCGCCGCAUCCUCAGCAACAUCCGCAGUACCACCGUCGCGACCCCCGACACAACUCUUAUCAGCAAGGGCCCCCGGGGCGAGCUGGGACGUACCGUGGAAGCUCGGUGUACGGCAGUGUGUACGAAGGAGGACCGUACUCGGACGAUGACGAGGUGUCGUCCAGCUCGUCCGGUGAGAUGUACCGCUCGAUUGCCUCGUUGGCGCGAAACACCACCGUGGUUGGCGACGACGACGAUGAUUUUGGUGCGGACAGGCUGCGGGAGGUGGAGGACAGCGACGACGGCGGCGGCGGCGGCGACGGCAACGGCGCGCCCGAUUAUCCGGAGCUCCCACCUCAACAACAACAACAACACCGCAGGCUGCGGCAUCCGCCGCAUCCGCAGCGGCAUGAGUCGUCGUACCAUGGUGGCGGUGGCGGCGGCGAUAGGAACGGCCGGCCCGGCAGCCGUGUGAUGCAGGCGUCUUCAGGAGGGCAGCGGCGCCAUGAUGCGGCGGCGGUGGCAGGGGACGGCGGCGACGGCGAUGACACCGAUUCCUGCUCGUCGUCAGCCUCCCUGGAGAGCGCUUUCAUCGCCAAGUGCCUGACGUACACUCGGAGCAGCCUGGACAUUCGCGGGCGGACCACCCGCGACGCCGGUGGUGGCGGCGGCGGCGGCGGCGGCUCCGCCGCCGCCGCUGCAUCUGCCGCUUCGGCGGCGGCGCUCGCGGCCGCCGCUGCCGCUGCCGGCGGUAUGGGCCGCCUAAGCCGCGCCGAUCGUCAGCUGUACAGCACGGCCAUUCAGACGCUACGCGCUAACGCGCUGAGUACGACAACCGUGAACUCCGCCGCUUUCACGGUGAACACGAAUGGUGGCGUGGCGGGGAGUCCGGCGGACGCCAACGCCCAGAUUGACUACGAUGUCGCUCGCACGGAGGACUUGUAUGACGAUGGGGUCAGCGAUGUCGUGUACGGCACUAUGGAACGGCGCGAAGUGGGUUACUUUGAAGUGGGCCAGGCGAUGGCGGCUGCAGCGCGCAUGCGCGGCCGCGGCGAUCCGACUUCUACGCCGAAGUCCGCGGCGGGUGCAUCUGGUACGAACGCGUCGUCUCUUGGGAGCGUGGAGGAUAUGCUGGCGGCUGUGGCAUCGCUACAGGGUGGGCGCGGCGGCGGCGGCGGUGGCGGCGGUGGGCUGCCGCAUGAAGCGCUCUGGCGCUGA